AUGACCCCCACUCUCUCCCUCGUUUCUCCCUCCCCACUCGCCUGGAUCGGGGAGGAGCCCGAUCCCACGCCUCCGCCGCCGGUGCCCAUCCCCGGCGCGGCCCCAGCCACGCCGCCUGACGCCACCGCCCGCCUCUCCGUCUCCUCCCGGACGUCACCCCCCUCGACCCAUGCUGGAACGGGGGCACGACCCUGCGGCGCCCCGAUCACCGACGCCGCGCCGUCGCCGGACUUCCUCAUCCCCGUCGCAAUCGUCUGCCUCGUCCUCUCCCUCGCCGGACCACCCCGAGCCACGCCGCCCCUCUUCCCAGCACCGAACGGUGCGGGUGCUGGGCGCCAUCGUGCGCGCCCGUGUACCUGGCUGUUGCCGCUCGCCGCGGUCACCCGCGCCCUCCCCUCGUGCGCUCACGCUCCCCGCGUCCUCGCAGCUCCCUCGCUCGCCGUGCCGUCCGCCGUCCGUCGCGCCGUCGCGGCUGCCCUCUCGCUUGCCCGCGCCGCUACCCCACGGCCCCACUCGCUGCCUCCACCUGCCGCCCGUUGGUGGCGCCGCGCCGCGCCCCGGUGGCCUCGCCCCGUUCCCCCUGGUCGGGCUUGGCGCCGCGCGGGUUACGCCCGCAACCGCGCCCGGUGGCGCCCAGCACCCGCACCGCGCGCCCGCUAUGGCCCCUUGGGCCAAUAA